UGACAGUAUUAAAUAUCGACUCAAUUAAAACAAAAAGAAGUUCAAAGUCAUAUUCAUUUCAUUUGAUUCGGAUUUUUUUUCAUAAUUGGUUCAUAAUUGGCAUACAUUCAAAAUUAAAUGGAUGCAAAACGGGGAACUGAAGUUAUUCGGGCCGAUGACUUUGUGGAAUAUUUUUUAUUCCCAUCGUUAAACGACCUCAAUGGUAAUAAUUCGACGGAAAAAUUGGACAAUUUUCUACGCGAUGUUAACGAAAGCGUACAAAAAUUUUCGGUUGAUUAUAUUUGGCACAAGGAACCAUUUCAAUUAGUUGUGCGUACGCCAGAAACAUCAAGGCUAUUUAAUGAAAGUAAAAUUGAAGAUGAUUUACCGCCACACCUUUACGGACUAACAUUUUACGGUGAAAACAUUCAGGAUGAAUGGUUUAUUGUUGAAAUUAUUAAUCAUUUAACGACGAUCUAUCCGCAUUUGAUUGGACGUGUCUUUGAUGCAGACGGUGAAUUUCUGUUGAUUGAAGCUGCCGAGGUCUUACCAAGAUGGGCCAAUCCAGAUACUUGUGCUCAAAGAGUGUUUAUUUCAAGUGGUCGCAUCCUUUUAGUACAAAAUGACAUUUCAUCGGAAACUGAUAAAAAUGAUGUGCUUCCAAUAUCCGUUGGGGUGGAAAAUGUUCGCGAAAAUCGGCAUCUUUAUGAAUCGAAUGAGAUUAUAAAAUGUAUAGAGCAGCGUUUUGUUAACGCUAAAAAGAGUACCUUAUUGCAUCGAGCUUGUGUUUACUUGCCAAUAUCGGCUGCAUUGCUGUUAAAACAAAAUCCGCAAUUGAUUUCGUAUGCAGUGCGAUCAUUUUGUAAUCGUGAUCCAAUUGAAAUGAAAAUAUGCCGUGCCAUGAAACAUUUUCCACCCGAAACCCGCGUUUAUACACAAAUAACAUUCACCAAAUGCCUUUAUGCGUUACUAACAUAUCAUAAUUACAAGCCGAAUCAACGAACCGGUUGGAAUUUGCCGGAUGAAAAACAUGAAACAUAUGCAGCGCAUAAUUUGGGCAUGAAAAUUGCAUGUGGCUUGGAGAUUUGUGCGUCCAAAGCACAAAAUGAGAAUGAAAUUGAUGUGGUUCAGUCCAAAGGAUGGCAAUUAUUUGCCAAACAAUUGGAACAAAAUGGAUACUAUGGUGAUGCCAUUGAAGGAUCACAAGCGUAUACACAACGAUUUGAGGCGGCAAAACAGUACUUCAGAAUCGUUUCCGAAAAUCAUUCCACAUUUAUAGAUGCCGUUGCACGCGAUAUUCAUCAACAUUUAAAGCACAUGAGUACUUUACACGAACAAUAUAAAACGGACAUUUUAUCCGAAUUUGAUUCAUCAUUAAAUGAUAACGAAGACUGGAUGAAUAUAUCUCAGGAUGAUUUAGAUAAUAUGAUGAACGAACGAUAUGGCAUCAAGAAGACAUUGCGCUGCAACACGGACGACAGUCAGAAUGAUGCCAAUGAUCUCGGUGUAAAUUUAAACACAUUUUUACAACAAAAAUCGGAAUUUGAUGGCGUCGAUUUUCGGCCUAUGUUAAAAGAUGAAGCGAUGACGACGACGACGACGACGCGAACAACGACUGCUGCAACAAAUAAUACUCAAAAUACAGGGAACAAUAAUAUUGAUUUCAAUGCAGACGCCUUUCAAGCACAUCUCAAGGAUAUGCUUGACUUUGUGAUUCCGGAGGACAAUUGGGACUCACAUUCAGAUUCGAUGAGCGAUUUUGAUGACGAGAAUAUCGAACGGAAUAUUGAUAUGGUGGCCAAUUCAAAUGCAGCCACAUUUUCAGCAUACAUGGAACAAAUGGACCGUGAAUUGGCGGCUACCACAAUCGGCAGCAGCUUUAAAACAAAACCGAAUGUCAGUAAUGCGAAUGCAAAUGGUGGAGACGAUGAUGACGGUGACGAUGAUGAAGAUUUCGAUGAUAUCGAAUCAUUUGAACCGGUUGACAUUGAUGUGAACGCAAUGAAAAAUUUGGCUGAAAGUUAUAAGGCACAAUUUGGCAAUCAUGGUCCAACCAGUAGUCUGUUGAGCACACUUGGCAUGCGACUCAAUACCGAUUCACAAAAAUCGGCCAAUGAAAAACCAUAAAAAACAUCCAUUUUUACAUGUCGUUUUAAGUUAAUAAGAGCACAAAUAUUCUUCUUUUUUUCAUUCAUUCAUAUAUUUUUUUUUAUUUCGAAUAAAUGCAAAGCACCGAUUUUUUUUUUGACAA